UCUUAGAAAGCCAAACAGUGCGUCCCCCUCUCUUAGCCAAACAACACGCUCGUUCUUGUGCAGAUCUGUGCGUGGCGCGGCUCCAGUGUUUGCUUUUUCAAUCAGUGAGUGUUUUGUCGCCCCUCCGCGGGGAACCGGGCACCGCGCUCCAUGCGAGUGAGGUUAGGAUGACGAUGCUCUCGCAGAAACUGUACGGAGACUCGGCCUCGAUGAGCCACGCCAUGUCGCCCUCGUCCUACUCCAUGUCGGUAAGCAACUGCUCGCCGCAAACGGCGCCCACCUUCAACCCGAACAUGCUCGCCUCCUCGGGGGUCGCCCAGAUGGCCAUGAACGGGAGCUGCAUGGGCCCGGCCGCCAUGGGCUACGGCUCCCAGAUGAACGGCUCCUGCAUGGGCUCCAUGGGCUACAACGGCGCCCUCGGCAUGGGCGGGCGCCCCGACCUCGGCGGCGUCCCCGAGGCCGCCUCCCCCGACGCCGCCGCCCUCCAGAGGGCCCGCGCCGACAAGACCUACCGCCGCAGCUACACCCACGCCAAACCGCCCUACUCCUACAUCUCCCUCAUCACCAUGGCCAUCCAGAACUCGCCGACCAAGAUGCUCACCCUCUCCGAGAUCUACCAAUUCAUCAUGGACCUGUUCCCGUUCUACCGGCAAAACCAGCAGCGCUGGCAGAACUCCAUAAGGCAUUCCUUGUCCUUCAACGACUGCUUCGUCAAGGUGCCCCGGACGCCGGACAAGCCCGGGAAGGGCUCCUUCUGGACCCUCCACCCGGACUCCGGGAACAUGUUCGAGAACGGGUGCUAUCUCCGGCGGCAGAAGAGGUUCAAGGACGACAAGAAGGAAGCCAUCCGACAGGCGCACAAGACGGUCUCGCCGCACCCGCACCAUCACCACCACCACGAGGACAAGAAGGGCGGCGAGCGACUCCACCACGACAACAAGGGCAACGACCUGGGCGCCCUGAGUGGGAAGCUGGACGAGAGCCUUCUUCACCAGUCGGAGCUGUGUUUGCAGCAACCCCAAGACGACCUGGCCGCCGUCGUGGCCGGGAGGUGCUUGCCCCUGGACCACUACGGUCACCACCUCAAGUCUGAGUACGCGGCCUCUUCGCACCCGUUCUCGAUAACGCGGCUCCUGCCGGCCGAGAGCAAGGCUGAGAUCCGCAUGUACGACAUGGCCCAGUACGCCCAGUAUAACGAUUCCUACUACCAAAGCUCCCUGUACCACCACCCGCCAACGGCGAGUACUGCCUUGUGACAGUACCCGCUCGCCUAAGCAGCCUGUGAUCCUCAUGCCUAAACCUGAAAUAUAUAUAAUGUUCAGAGUUAUAUAUAUUAGCAACAAUCUCUACUCUCGACCAAAGCGAUGGCCUCCCGGCUCUCCUAAUUUGUGAUAGACUGUAAAUAGUUCCAGUUCUAAGUUGCGAUUGUGUUCCUCGUUCUGUUAAGUUCGACUCCUGAAUCGUGCCCGGCAUCAAUCCGCGCGUCGUCCCGUCAGAACCAAUCUCGUGCGUCUUCGUCUCGUGCCGACUCUUAAGUUUAAAGUUCCAGUGGAUCCCAGGAUAAGUGUUUACCUCAAUGUGAAUAUACCCGCUUGGAGCGACGUUUAUAAAAGGAUUUACCUCUCAACACGCCAAGGUCUGAAGUGUGUUCCUGGCGUAAUGAGGUGACAACUUGUGCAACGCAACUUGCGGGUUCAAGCCUUCAUCGUUGUCACUUUGCCUGUCGCAGUGAGUAUUGUCUAAAGCCUGCCCUGCCACCAAACAAUUCCAUGAACACCGCUUUUAUUCAAGGAGGAUUGGGUCGUAUUAUCGAUCUUCGUCUAAAAUAUGGUGCUGUUAGCGUUUUAUUCCUGCAGUUUAGUAAAUCAAUCAGCAUUUUAAUAGAAAAUAAUUCAAGAAAAGCUUCCUAAGUUUUACGUUUGAAAAUGUAUUUUUUUUUUUAAAUUUAAAUCUAAUGCAUUGAAUCAACUCUGUUGCAUGUUUUCAAAAUGUUAUCACCCUUUCGAUAAACUGAGGAGCCUCCACAAAAGUUUCAGAGUAUAUUUUUCGGGUUUCCACCGCAAUUCAGUAAAAAUCACUCCUGAAAAUUAACGGGUACAUCACGCACCGGCAAAAAAAUUCAGAUGAAAUUUUUGAAUGCUUGCAGUGGAUUGUGUUUUUAUUUCCGCUCUCAUAAUGUUUCAAAGUGGCCUCUCUUUCUCUUGUCACAUAAAGAUCUAGAUACAGAUAAACCGUUCACCAGGAAAAUUACUGCGUUACAAAAAUGCACGAUUCUUCCAAAAUCAGGAUCCUGCUCUUGAAAUCUACCUUAAAAAGUUUAAACAUUAAUUUCAUCUUCUGAAAGUUUAUGCGACCUCCCAUAACUUGAUUAUUGCGUGUUGACUUUAAAAAUCUCAUAAGUUUAAAGGAUACAAAUUGCGAAAAAGAUAAUACAAAGAUGAAUAUACUCUCUGAAACUCUAAAGUGCAAUAUGACCUCAAGGCAAUAUUACUGUGUAUUUCUUAGGAAUUUUCUAUUAUUAUGUGAAUUUUAAAACAAAAAUUGAAGUAUUGUUAGCAAUAAAUAGGUCCGCAAAAAAUUAAACACAUCAAUAAUCACAGUUCAAAUUUUGCCUCAUAAUAAUAGAAGAGACGCAGGCGUUUCAAAACUAUUCAUGUAUAGAUCUGUACGUAGAUUGAACGAAAGUUCAAUGGAAUCAAGAACGAAGUUGUAAAUAAAUUAAGGGGCUUGGAAGACAAGGCACAUAAGUGUAGUUUUUGCUUUUCCAAGCGGUACGGAUUUAAAAAUGCAUGGAGCUUUGUGGCGGAGAGUUGAAACUAACUCGUUUAUGCUGAAAAACUGUUAAGUGUUGAAUUGUUUGCAGAGUAUAUUACCGAAUAGUUUCAGUUGAUAUCACUAAUAUCUCAAUUUUUUCAAAAACCACACUUACGCGCCUUGUCCUCCAAGCCUCUCAAUAGUCCUCACUAUGCCACAAGAUCUAUACUGCUAUUUACGCCGGAUGAAAAAACAUCUUUUUGAUCAACAGUAAAAUUGUUUUCUCAGAAAUUGUUUCAGUAUAAAUGAACAAAAGAGGCUUUUUUCACCUAUUAUAGACCAUCUGUUUAUGUUCACUCAUCUGAGCACACGUACUCUUUGAGAAAAGUUACUUCAGUGUGAGGACUACCUCUGUCCCAAUGAAUUCAUCCCGCAAGAUUAUGUUUACUCAUUGCUUGAAACUUAUUGUACCUACAUCGUAUUAAAAAUAUAACCAAGAGGUAAUAUUCUUGAGUGAUCAUAUCUC